GUGUUUCAGCUCAGCGGAAGUAAAACAAAACGGCUCCAGCAGCAGCUUGUGUUGUCUUGUUGUGUUUUAGCUAAAUAUUCAGUAACAAUGUCUUCAUUUCAGCAGCUGAGGGAUUUUAUCAGACAGAGACUAACUGCUGCUGCGGAAGAAAUCUUCACUCAGGUAGAAAAAACCAUCUUCCGCUACGAGGAGGAGAUUAAACUGCUGGAAAAAUGCUGGAAACCUCAGAUAAAACUCACCAGAAUCGACGAGCCAAAGCAGCAUGUCACCAAUACGAAAGACCCAGAGCUUUGGGUCGGUCAGAACCUCAAGAAGAAACCAGAACCUCAAAAAAUUAGACAGAACCAGCAGGAACCAGAACCUCAUUGUAUUGGAGGGAAACAUGAUCAUAUUCAGAUUAAAGACCAGAAGGAACCAGAGUUUGGAGAAACGGUGAUCCAGUACCAAGAGGAGAUCAGAAAGCUGGAUAUCUGCUGGAAUCAGCUCACCAGAACCGACUUCCCAAAGCAACAAGUCUGGAAGGAAGAGGACGUUCUCAAUGACCAGAGGGAACCAGAACCGCCACAGUUUACAGAAGAACCAGAAAAUGGACCGUCAGAUUCAGAUUAUCUGCAGUGUGAAGAGGACCAGAAGAAUCCAGAAGGUUUGGGUGUGAAGGUGGAUGAGGAGGAUGUAGAUCUUCCUCAGUUUGAGGAUGAACCUCCAGAGUUUGAAGAUGGUGAAAUAAAUUCAGAGUUUAUGGAUAUUAAAAAGGAUCCGGAAGAACCUAUGAAGAUCAAAGAAGACCAAGAAAAACUAGAACCUCCAGAGUUUGAAGAGAAACUAGAGAACCCAGAAGGUUUAAAGGUUAAAGCGGACGAGAGAGAUCCAGAACCUCCACGAAUUAAAGUCAAACAGGAGGAACCAGAACCUCCACGGUCUGACGGUGAACAUGAGCAACCAGAACCAGAACCUCCACGGUCUGAUGGUGAACAUGAGCAACCAGAACCAGAACCUCCACGGUCCGAUGGUGAACAUGAGCAACCAGAACCAGAACCUCCACGGUCCGAUGGUGAACAUGAGCAACCAGAACCAGAACCUCCACGGUCUGACGGUGAACAUGAGAAACCUCAGUGGCUCACUUUCCUGAUCCAGAGCAGCCAGCAGAUCCAGCAGCUGUUAUCGACGUGUGAAUCCAACGCCUUUAUGGAGCCGUUGCCUUCUGAUCAACCAGAACCAGACAAGGAACAGCUUCACCAUCAGAACCGUCCAGAACUUCAGCACCGUUUCUACUCAGGUGCAACGCUGGAUACUGAGCAGAUCACAGAGGAACGUAAUGGAUCAGAACCGCCACCUGUCCAGCAGGAGAGGAAGAAGCUCUGCAGCGGCUGGGAGGCAGAACAGUUUAUGGCAGCAGGGUCUCAGGAACAUGGCUGGAUUGGACCAGAACCAGAACCAGAGCAGUUUCAGUGUCAGAACCCUGCAGAGGAGCAGCAAACUUUUAUCGACCUUAAAACUAUUUAUUCAUGCGAUUCUGAGCAGAUGCAAGAGGAACCAGAACCUCCACGUUUUCAGCAGCAGGAAGCAGUCAGGAGUUGGGAGGAGAAACUUCUAAUGGCCUCAACUUGUCAACAACAUGGCUGGUUUCAGCCAGAACCAGGCGCUGGUCCGCUUCACUGUCAGAACUCGCCAGAAGAUCACCACAGAUUCAUGGAGCUUUACGGUUUCUACUCCGGUGUGAUACCAGGUCAGGAGCAGUAUGGAUCAGAACCCGUCCAGCAGCAGCAAAAGAGCCCAGACUGGGAGCAGCAGGUCGCUCCGACCCGACCUGCAGCUGAGGACCAGAACCAGGAAGGAACCAGCUCUGCAGGGUCAGAGCGUCGUUCUCACACCAACACUGUGAAGUUCAGUAAAUGCUACGUGUGCAGUGCCGUAGUGAAAUCUCAGAGUUUGAAUCAGCAUCUAAAGACGCAUCCGGGUGUGAAACCGUAUGUUUGCAAGCGCUGUGGAGAACGCUUCGCCCAACAUGCUCGCCUGAGGGACCACAAGAUGACCCACCUGGUGGACGACCUGAAAGCUCGGCAGCUAGCCGGAGUCAAAAGCAGACAGAAGAACUUCUUCUGCGAAAUAUGCAAGCGAGGCUUUGCUGAACUUGCUUUUCUAAAAAAUCACUACAAAGCUCACAAGUGGGAGCAGCCAUUUUGUGAAACCUGUGGGAAACAUUUCACUUCUGAAUAUUCACUCAAGUCUCACCUGAAAAUACACCAGAGGAAACGUGCAAAGCCAUUUUACUGUGGGUUAUGCAAGAAAAGGUUCGCUUGUCAUUCAACCAAGAAAUCCCACAUGAAGAGGCACAAAGAACAGGAACCCAUAUCGUAUAAAACAUGGCGGGAAACGUCCAACACCACAAAGCCAUUAGUUAACCACCGAGAAACUUCCUCAGCUGCUGAGACUUUGUUUUGUAGAAUAUGCAAAAUACUUUUUCUUUAUAGGACUUCUUAUAUUGCCCACAUGAAGUCCCACAAAAGUCCGGCCAACAAAUGUCGCAAAUGUGGGAAAAGUUUUAAAGAUAAACAGAGGCUGGCAGCCCACAGGAAGUCCCACAAGAAGAAACCAACCUUAAAUUGUAGCAAAUGUGGGAAAAGUUUUAAAGAUAAACAGAAGCUGGCAGCCCACAGGAAGUCCCACAAGAAGAAACCAACCUUAAAUUGUAGCAAAUGUGGGAAAAGAUUUCAAGAUAAAUCUGAAGUAGGUGCCCACAUGAGAAGCUGUGGAAAGCUCUAUGGAUGUGAGGAAUGUGGAAAUAGGUUUUCCUCAUGGAACGGAGUCAGACGCCACCAGAAAGGUGGACAUUGCAGGGGAAAAGUUCAGUCUGUGAACUAGUUUUUUUUUUAAUGCUUUUCUUCAGUACUAGUGAUGUUGCAAAGAUGAGAAAUAACUUUCUGUAAAAUAUUUGGAAGGUUGUUGUUUGAUUUUUGUUUCGUUUUUAGAUGUUGUGUUCACUGAUUUACUUGCUGAGAGACCUUGAUGGUGUUCAGCCGUAUUUAGAGGUCUGAGGCUCUGACCUCAUGUUGCUUGUUGGGACGUCCAUUCCUGGAUUGGAGGCUGGUUCAAAUCUGAAUUUCUUAAUAAAAAGUUGCAUAUUUAACAUUCAAAUCAUCAGCCAAUCCUCACAGGAUUGGAGUUUAUAAUAUGUUAUUUAAAUCUUCACCUUCCAGUUCAUCUUUAGAAGCUUCUGCUGUGACCGACGGACGGAACAAAAGUCUUGACAGAGAUGGAGGUCCGACCCGAUGAACUCAGCAGAUGAAGGAAACUGCUUCAGGAUGAUAAGCGGUGACAAACUUCUGGUAGCGUUGUUUUAUUUUUAAGUUAUCUUUAUUGAACAUUUAAACAAGCAAACAAAGAACAGAUAGUCUUUAUCACAAAAAAAUAGUCUGAACCCAUUCAACACCACACAGUCAGGGCAUAAAAAAGUAACUUCUGUAAUUCAGAAUCAAAACUAUAAUGGGUUUUAUUACUGCGGCAACAUCAUUGAAUACAGGUGAACCAGCUUUUUGUGUUUAUCAGAACUGGUGUGCAGUUAAUCAUUCAGGCUCUCUGACUCCGACAUACGGCCCUAAUGUAGGGGUAAAACUAGCAGCAGUGAGCAGGACCGAAGACAUUUGAUUGACAGCUGACUGCAUUCGCUGAUUGGCUCCUGCUUUAUCUCACAACAAACAGCAAAGUAUAGUUUAACUGCGGAGCGCAGACAUGAAGUCUGCUGUCAGAGACCUGCUCAAUAUGGAGGAUUGCGAAUUUUUGUGUUGAUUCACAGCAGGGUGCCAACAUUUGUGUCCAGGUGUGUAUGAAGCCUCUGCACAGGAUAUUUAAUAUGCAGGUCACUUUACACACCAAACUGUUGAUUUUCUUUUCAAUUCCUUCUGUUUAAAGUUUUUAUGACACCAAUGUUCUGAUCAGUUGUAUUUUUGAAAGUUUUGAUUCUGAAAUAAAAGAAAGUGUAACUGA